AGUAGUACAAGUACGCAAAAGAAUUAUUCCUUUGUUGUUUGAUAGCAUUCGUAUAACAAACACUUUUUAAAAUGAUCGAUCAGUUCUCAAACUGACCGUUUCGUGGAUAUCUUUGAGCACGAGAGUGCGCGCGGGAAUUUCGCGAGGAAGAUGACUCCUAAUGCGUCCCCUCCCGUUCGGAAUUAAAUUAUGUGCCAAGAACUUGAUUAAUGAGUUCCUUCCGCUUACAUAAUGGCGGACGAUUCUUUUAACGAUGGCAGAGCAUCGGAAGAACCUUAUACCAGGAUUCGAACUCUAGGAAGGGGAGCUUUUGGUGAAGCGGUGUUAUAUCGAAAAACGGAGGACAAUGUCCUUGUGGUUGUUAAGGAAGUGAACUUAAGUCGUGCAAGUGAGAAGGAAAGAAUCGAUGCUGAGAAAGAAGUUGAUAUCCUGUCCUUGUUGAAUCACACCAAUAUUGUGACAUACUUUAAUCAUUACAUUGAUGGUACAUCACUGCUGAUUGAAAUGGAAUAUUGCAAUGGUGGAACGCUCAAUGACAAGAUAUGCGGUCAAAAAGAACUAUUUGCAGAAGAGAUUGUGAUCUGGUAUUUUUUCCAAAUAUGUUCCGGUAUGAGUCACAUUCAUGAGUGUGGUAUAGUUCACAGAGACAUAAAAACCCUAAACAUAUUCUUGACUAAAACUGGCUUAGUAAAGCUUGGAGACUUUGGUAUUGCAACUGUGUUGAAAGGUUCAAGAGAAUAUAUGGCAGAAUCUGUUGUUGGAACACCAUAUUACAUGUCACCAGAAAUAGUUCAAGGACAAAAGUACAACCAGAAGAGCGACAUGUGGGCAAUGGGAUGUGUCUUGUACGAAAUGCUCACCUUGAGAAAAGUGUUUGAUGCCACUAAUCCUCUUAGACUAGUUUCUGACAUAGUAAAGGGAGAAUUUGAAGAUAUCAGCCCACAGUACACAAGUGAGAUGAGCAGCCUGGUAACAAUACUGUUGUCACAGAAUCCAGAUGACAGGCCAACAGUUGAUGCAGUUCUGGCCAUGCCACUGUUGAGCAAUUUAGGAAGAGAGAUGGAAAAGAAAGUUUGGGAAUUGAAUGCUACAACCAGGAGGGCCAGACUUGCCAGUGGCUUGACUGAAGUUGUGCCUGUGAUUACAUCCAAAACCAGUGAGGUAUUUUACUGGGGAGGUGGUAAACAAACACCACAUAAAGUGGACAUGUUCCAGGGAGGACAUUCUGCUUUACAGCUUGCUGUUGGUCAGUCCCAUUUUGCUGUUGUCACUGUAGAAAAUGAACUCUUUACUUGGGCUAAUGCUCAUGGUGGUAAACAGAUGGUGGGUCAGCUGGGACAUGGUGACACUGCAGCUUAUCGCAUUCCUAAACCAGUUGAGGCAAUGCAUGGAAUCGCCAUAAAACAAGUGGCCUGUGGAGAUGAGUUUACUGCAUGUGUUACAGAGGAAGGUGUCUUGUACACAUUUGGGUCAGACUACUGGGGUUGCAUUGGUUGUAACAAUGAGUUGGACGAGGAAGUUGCCACGCCUUACAGAGUGGAAUUCUUUGCUGAAAACCCUGUGUCACAAGUGGCGUGUGGGGAGUGCCAUAUUGUGGCUCUUACAGUUUCAAUGGAAGUGUAUUCUUGGGGCUGUGGAGAGUAUGGUCGUUUGGGCCUGGGAAAUGAAGACGAUUGUGCUGCCCCUCAGAAGGUUGAUGUUCCAUUGCAGUGUAAGGUGGUAUCAGUUUGCUGUGGUUCUGACUUCACCUUCUUGCUGACAUCAACUGGACGACUGAUGGGUUUUGGCAACAACGAUGAAAAUCAACUAGGAAUUGACACACCCCAGUCACUGAGGAAAAGACAAGUUAAGUCUACCACAGGCCAUUUUCCGUACGUCACUCUUCCCAAACCUGUGAUGCCGCUUAACAAAUACAGUAUCGCGUCUGUAUCCGCUGGUAGAUCGCACUCAGCUGUAAUAGAUGCAUAUGGGCGCCUAAUAACAGUGGGAUCCAACAAAUUCGGUCAGCUGGGGGUAGGAGACUUCAAAUCCCGAACGGGACCUUGUGUCAUCGGUGGGGAAAUGGUCGGCAAACGAAUUGUGCAAGCGGCGUGCGGAGAUGACUUCACUGUGGUGGCCACUGCAGACAAUCAGAUCUACUCUUGGGGAAGGGGUGACAAUGGUCGGCUUGGCGUAUUGACUGACAGCCUCGCCCGGGCUAAGGGUGGAAUCCCGUGCACGGCUGUCCCGCGACCUAUUUUCGGCGCCCUCCACGUGUUGUCGUGUGUGGCUUGUAGACACUGGAACUCUCUAAUAGUGGCAGAGCGUGUUCUUAGUUCCCGAACAGUUAAACGUGGUGGGUCAUCUGGACGGUCGCUUGAGUCUCAGUCAUCGGGCGAUAAUGGUGCGGACUCUGUGUUCUCCGAGCCGAUGGGACUGAACCUCAAUCACGACAGUGGACCUGCCAAUCCAAAUGAUCCGUUUGGUGAUACGAAGGACUCUGGUGUUGGUCGCUCGCCCCGGGCACCAGGGUCUGGCUCUGACCCCAGGAGUCUGGGAGAGAGUAGCUUGGCACCAGCUUGGCUUCAAGACGAACUUGACCAAGCGGAGUACAUUUCCAUUGAGUCGAGUGGCUCACACGAUUCCAACAGAAGCCCGUCCCAGGCUAGCGCGUCCAGUUAUGGUCGUUCUCUUUCCAGUUCAGAGAGCAAUGUGCCAGCAUGGUUGAAAAAUGAGCUUCGUGAGGCGGAGUAUAUUCCUAUACAUGGCCAGGCGAAGCCUCCAACACCUUCUCUUAACAACAAGGAAAUAUCCACGACAUCUGUAGCGGUCCAAUGCGAUCUGGAGCCAGGCAAUGUAGAGGAAAUGAAGGCCCGUCUAUUACAGUUGGAGCAGGAGAAUACCAAGCUUCGAGGAAAGUUGUCACAGCAAAAUGCUAAAAUGAAGAUCUUACAACAAGAGAACGUUACUUUUGUCGCAAACCAGAGGAAGUUCUGGGAGUUAAUCGAUUCAUGGCACAAGGAUUGUCAAAAGGCUUCUUCUUUGGGCGCCAUCAACAGCAAGGAUAUGGAUCGAGUCGGCCCAGGUCACAGCUCGACAGAUUCAUCUGACGAUACGUGGGAGGUCUGACAUGCCAGUGGAUAUCAAGGUUAUUUCCUUCAAAGUCACCGAAGUUGUAUUGAUGGAUGUACGUUUUCCCUGGCGGUAGAAGGCUAUCCAGGACGCUGUUUAAAGGGAUGCAGCUUUUGGCCUCCUAAAUCGUGGACCAUAGCUUGCAUUACAUAAUAACAGUGACUUAUUUAUUUCCCCGAGGUAAAUAAAAUAUGAGGAAAUUAUAUGUCCCGGUCAGAUUGGGCAUUAUUUAGUCCGUGGGUACUAAGUGGGCCUUAGGUCCCCCAACGCGAUUAUCUUAUGGUAGCCAAUCUAUUUUAGGCUUGUCUGUCACGUUAGGUCACGUGUUUGUCUGUCACGUCAUGGUUGCUCACUCUAUUGUAGACGUUUCAAUAGACGUUUCUGUCACGAUAGGUCACGUGCUUGUCUGUCACUUCAUGUUACCUCACUCUAUUUAAGGCUUUCCAGUCAAGUUAGAUCACGUAUUUCAGGCGUUUUCUGUCACUUUAUGUUGUAUCAUAGCAUUUAUUCUUUGAAACUAGGUCAUGCUACGUUAGAAGGCGAUUCUGUCACGCGUCAUUCUAGAGCGUGACAAUUGCGUGACCGAGCCAGACCAUAACUCCAAUAUGAAUCAAUUGGAACUCGAAAUAAAACUAGUGACAAGCACGGGAAAUGCCGCGUGCGCCUUAUCACGAUUGGUUCAAAAUGCUGAACCUGAUUGGUUAAAAAUACGCGUCAUUGCUCCUAAUUGGUUAGAAUUGUUGGCAAGAGUUUUGUGACUAGACUUGUGUGACUUUUCAGAGAUAUUGUCACGAAUUAGAAACUCAAUGUUGAAACGCGGAAAUGAAGCCUUUAUGUCAAUUUCUUUGACAAUUUGCUUGUAUGUCGCAUUUCUUUCCUCUGAAAAUAUUGCCAUUAGCAAAGAGAUGUUAUUAUGAUAGUAUUUUAUCAAUAAUUAGUCGGUUUUAAAUUCAUUAUUGUUAAAUUUUUUAGAUAGGUUACAUUGGGUAUAGGGAGGGAAAGGAUUGGAGUAAGGGAAUAUUUUAUUUGUUACAGAAUGAACUAAUAUUUGAAAAUAAUGGGACAGUGCAUAGACGGAAGCGUCAUGCAAUUUAUUUAUCGUUAAUGUCAUGGUUCAAAACUCAUGACCUACGUAUUUACUGCACACUGGGUCAAUGUUGUAUUUAUUGCGGGGUGGUCAGUGUCUUGGCCUCAAAUGCCAGUCAUCUCCCCCGCCCUCGGCCUAAUCUCCGGGCGAGAGACGGUAAUUACUACGAUUAUCAGUUGAGUAAGGUGCGACGAAAGUUUGGUGACCGGGUUUUAAGAUUCAACUUGUUUUGUUGUCACGGGCAACUAGCUCCGUUUCUAGUUGCGACUUCGGCCUUUGACGUAAUUGGCAGCAAAGAGCACGAAAUUGCACGCGACGGUAUUGGUACCAUUAGAAGCGAGGAAGGUUGCCUGUGGCAACACGGUAAUUUUUAAUCCAAAACUUUGUCACCAAAACUCCGUCAAAGCUCUCGUCUUACUCAGUUGAUAAUCGUAGUAGGCUGAUGGCGUGAGGUGACUGGCAGUUCAGGCUAUCAGUGUCUGGUAGAUUAAAAGGGUUCAGUGGAUGUAUUUAUUUAGCAUUUCUAUUAAAAUUUAAUAAGUCUAAUAUUUAUGCUGUCUAUCCUUUGCGGAGAUGGUGCUAAAUAUAUUUAAAAGGCGGGUGUAAAGGAAUCUUGCGUUAGGCGCAGACUUCUCGCACUCGGUUGCAAGGUACAUUCUGUAGGAUUAAUCAGUCGUUGAGGCGUAUUUAAAAGGGCUAUGUUACGAAGUUUUGCCACGAAAAAAAUCGCUUUCAAUUUGUGGAAACUUCGAAAUCAUAGUUUACUAAGGCUGAAAAAUACCACAGUGGUAAUUUGAACCAGAGAACAAGUGAGGAUGGUAAAGGAUGGAAAAGAUUACGCGGAAUGUGAAUUACCUACUUGAAAGACUUAGGCUACAUUUUUCAAGACGAGCAAAUCGUGCUAUGACUCCUUUAAAUCAAGCCUCUUUGUGAAUUUCUCGUUCUCUUCCCAGGGAAAGUCGGGAACAUUCACUUGUAACUAUUGAAUUUCUUUAAUUAUUAACUGUAAGAAAAGAGCUUUAAACUUAAAAAAUAUAAUUAAAUGGCGUGUCA